AUGUCUCUUCAACAGCUUUUAGGAGAAGAAGUUCCUACAGAAAAAGUUUGCUCUGCUCUUUUGGGCUACGAAAAGAAAAAAGGUGAAGAGAACAAUGCCAAUUCCGAGUCGAAUAAAUCAAAUCUGUUAGAGGAUGAGGAAGAUACUACCUCUACUGUCUGGUUACAGUUGUCUACCUUGAAGUUCAUUACGAAUAAUAGAAAACUGAUACCUUUUAAGAUUCCCUUGAAACACUCAAUCAUCCCUUCCUCUUAUGAGGCUUGCUUGAUUGUAAAGGAUCCCCAAAGAACUUAUAAAGAUUUGGUCAGUGAAGCAGGCAUGUCAGGUGUCGUGACUCGAGUCAUUGGAAUUAACAAACUGAAAGCCAAAUGGAAAUCGUUUGAACAAAAAAGACAGCUUCGCGACCAGUUCGAUCUUUUUUUGGCUGAUGACCGUGUCAUUUCUAUGUUGCCUAAUGUAUUGGGCAAGACCUUCUAUUCCAAGACAAAGGCUCCUAUUCCUGUUCAUAUCAGCACUGAAAAUGCUGACCAGUUGAAGAAGCAAGUCGUUUCUGCCUACAACGCUACUUAUUUCCGUGCUUCUCCUUGCAGCAGCUUUAUGAUUCGUUGUGGACAUACUUCCAAUACUUCCCAAGAACUUGCCGAUAACAUUGAAUCCAUCGUGAAGUACUUGUGUGAAAAGAAGGUUGUCCCCAAAGGUGGCAAGGGUAUAUCAAGCAUUCAUGUCAAGACUACUCAAAGUAUGGCGGUUCCACUUUGGAAUAACCCCAAUUUGGAAGAAGAAGUUAUGAAACUUCGUGCUUCUACUGAGGAAAAGGACACUUCUAAGAGAAAGCCUACCGAAGAAACCAAGACAACUGCUUCUCCUAACAAGAAGGCCAAAACAAAUGCAAGUAAAACUACUGAAGAAACCAAGCCAGCUGCUUCUUCUAACAAGAAGACCAAUACAAAUGCAAGUAAAACUACUGAAGAAACCAAGCCAGCUGCUUCUCCUAACAAGAAGACCAAUACAAAUGCAAGUAAAACUAUUGAAGAAACUAAGUCAUCUGCUUCUCCUAACAAGAAGGCCAAAACAAAUGCUGGUAAGGCUACUGAAAUAAAACAGGAGGAGAAGGCAACUAAGAAUGAUCAGGGAGAGGGUAAGAAUGCCUCUCCUAAAAAGAAGGUGCCUGUUGAGAAAUCUACUGAGAAGCCUCCUCAGAAGCAAAAAGCCAUACCAAAACAAAAGGAGGAUUCAGCAAAGAAAAAUAAUCUUGCUAAUCAGCCAUCAAAAAAGAACGGAUCAUCCGAUUCUCCGUCUAAGCAACCCGAACAGGGUUCUGCGCAAACAAAUACGACUAAUGGGAAAAAGAAGGCUGGUAAACAAAAGGCUAAAGGGAAACAAUAA